AUGACUUGGAAGGAUCCUAGCGAUCUAGAUUUGGAGGAGGUUGAACAAAGGACAUUGAGGAAUGUCCUAGCAAGUAGAGAGGUGAUGAGUUCUAGGGAGCAAGAUGAAAUCAUUUGGUGUGGUACGAAGAGUGGAAUUUAUUCUCUCAAGCUAGGGUAUGCCUUGUUGGAGGCAGAUGUCAAGAAGGUGGAUUGGGAAGCAAAGGUAUGUUGGAACAACGCUUGUCUUCCCAAAGUAGACGCAUUCUCUUGGCUGGUGGGCAACAACCAGAUUCUGACCGGGGAUAGACUUAAAAGAAUGGGGUUUGUAGGUCCCUUUUGUUUUGUGCUUUGCAAGAAGGAGGAGGAAGAUGUGGAUCAUCUCCUCCUAAGAUGUGAAUUUUCUCAGGAAGCAUGGUGCUUUGGGUUGCAAAGGCUGAGUUGGAAGGGGUCAUUGGCAGGGAAUCUGCGUGAUUGGCUGGAAUCAUGGUCGGCUUUGUACAAAUCUUCAACUUUUGCUGCAAUUUGGAAGGUCAUGCCUUCAACAGUAAUGUGGGAAGUUUGGAAAGAACGGAACCAAAGACUCUUUGAGGAUAAAAUAGAACCAAUGGAGCAUUUUCUGAUCAGGUAG